AUGAUGUUUUGUCAAAAUUGGCACGUCUGCCUCGUUCUUGUAGAUGUCAUUACAAGAGUGACCUCAGAUAUGGCACUUAUGCCUUGUACUUAUUUGCGAGCUUGCAGUUCUUCAAUCGGACCCUCUCUUAACUCCCCAAAUUUCAAUGUCCGGCCUCGCGAGACCAAAGACAAAGUUCGUGAAGUUUACAAUGUGACCUCUGCUGCUUCUCCCCGAACCCUGCCAUGCCCUUCUUGCCCGGCUCAUGUAACCGCUUCCCCAAUUCUCCGUGACUUUCUAACCUGCCUCACUUUCUUUUACUGGUCUCUGCAUUCCAUUUAA